AUGUUAAGAGCUCAUUUAAAUGCUUAUGAUCCACUUUUUUCAAUGGCUCUGGGAUAUUUGAUAAGCAUACACAGGACAUAUUGUUUGCGUCAAUGUAUUACAUCACCCCUCUCUGAUCUGACUGAAAGAUUGCUCCUGGAGGAACGUGACCCACCUGCAACGCCACAGGACAUAUUAUGUGAAUUGCCGCCAUUUGAUGAAGUAGACAUACAGGCUCUUGCACAUGCUGUAGAGCUUACCAGAUAA